AUGAUAACGAAGGAACUGAAAAUGAGUCCUUUCAGAUGUCAAGCUGACUUUGUGGAGAUUUUGCCUAAUUUUAUUCAGUCGCACACAGAUAAGGGUCUGCAUCAUUCCUGGCACAUAAAUAUCUUUCCUCCUGCUUGCAGAAUAUUUUGGAGAGUGAUGAAAUGGAAUAUGAAAAAAUACGAUUCAGAAGAGGAAUUCCUAGUGUUAUGGAGAAGAAAGCAUUUUAGAAGGAAGGAGGAAAGACCAUCAUGUUAUGCUGCAGACCAGCAAGAGCAGCAGCUCCGCGAUCAAGUGAUCACAAUCCCCUGUUCCAUAUGCAAGAAGGAAAUUGACCUAACUGGAUUUUUCCUACACAAAAGGCAACAUGAAGCUCUAGCCGCACUGGGUCUUGAAUGGAAGAGUGGAAUUAAACCAACACGCUCAGCGAUUUCUAGUAAGAGAAAGUUUACCAUUACUAAACUACUGACAUCUUCUACAUAUUCUGAAAAAGGCCUAGACAGCAUGAAUAAUGCUUUAGAACUACUUUGGAAGAAACAAAUACCAGCGUACUAUAAGAUUAUGGACAACAUUCCCAACAGUUCCAUCUAUUCACAAAAAAUCCGCCAUCUAUUAAUUAAAGGAGCAGCCAUUUGCAAUGACAAGAAUUCUACGUGGAAAGUGCACAUGAAUGAUAAAUUUACUGUCGUGAAUCAUUUUGGCAGUAAACCGAAUGUGUGUUUCUUCGGUUUGUUUGAUGGGCAUCAUGGUCCAUCAGCAGCAGACUUCACAUCCAAGGAACUCCCCGUUUUACUUCUCCAUCAGCUUUCCGGAUUUGAUCCAUCCUACCAAAUGACCCCCAAAGAGCAAAAAUUAAUCAAUUCCUUCCAGACAGUGUUUAGGGAAGAGUACAUCGCUCUAGAAAGCCUCUUCUCUGUAAGCAAACAAACAACAGAAUCAUGGUGUGAGCAUGAGAGCAUACACAAAGCCUUUGCCAAAGCAUUUUGGAGAAUGGAUAGGCUUUUACGUCUUGGAAGGCAAGAAGUAUCCAGGGUUCGAUGGAGUGGCUGUUCUGCAAUUGCCUGUAUAUUGGAAGGCAAAAUCACAAGUUCCCAUGACGAGAAGAAUCAGAGACCCACUGACCAUGAUGGUUUGCCAGAGAAGUUACCUUCUCAGAACUUGCCACAAAUAAUUUCUGGAGAACUACAUAUUGCAUACACUGGUAAUGUACAAGCAGUCUUAUGCAGAAAUGGGAAAGGCUUUCGCCUAACCAAAGAACACACUCUGAGAAGCAGAAAGGAAAAAAGAAGAGUACUUCAGAAUGGAGCGGUAGUUAGUUCAAACGAACCAUAUGGACUCCUAGAAGGGCAAAUAAAAACCACAAGAGGACUUGGAUUUCAUGGAAAUCCCAAACUGAAAAAAUUCAUUAUCCCGGUACCUCAAACUAUGUCUGUCCCUAUAGAUGACUUAUGUCAAUUCCUUAUCUUAGCUACUAAUGGACUCUGGGAAGUUCUGGAUAAAAAGGAAGUCACUGCAUUGGCAAUAACAAUGUUUCAAAUGUAUGAAGAUACAUACUCUUUAAACAUCCAAAAAAAAUCACCAUCCAAAAAGCCUCUGUUAUUCCCAAUCAAUGAAUCAAACGCUACUGAAUCAAAAAGUAAUACCCACACAUUGUUUCAGCGUAAAUCUGAAGAAUGUGUGUCAAGUACAAAUUCAAAAGAAAAUUUGCCUGAUGUAAAAUAUUCUAAAUAUUUCACUCGUGGUCCUAAAAAUACACAAACAUUUCUACCAGAAAUGACUAAUUGUGAUACUUGCAGUGAGAAAGCAACUGACAGGCCAACCCAUGUAGACAGUGUGCCAAAAGAUUCAAGUGGAAAAGAAAGAAUAUGCACCAAGGAUUUCUAUGAAGCGGCAGCUGAGUAUAUCAGCCAUGGACUUGUACAUGCUGCUUUAGUGGCUGGCUCCAGAGACAACAUUACAGUUAUGGUAAUACUUCUCAAUGGAAGUGAAUGUCAUUUUCUGAAAUGAAAGAUAAAGUUCUGAUUAUCCAGAAUACAAAAAUAUGAAGACUCUUCUACUCUUCAAUGAACCAGAUAUUAGGAUAAUACAUCAAUACCACACAAAUCAUUUUUAAGAAUGUAGUAAAGAAAACAUAAAGGCAGAUUUUUGAGUUAUAUAAUACCAUUUAUAUAUGUUCACUGCUCCAUUGAAAAAAAGGAGAAAAACCAGUACUUGCUUUUUAUACCACUUUAUUCCAACCUGAGCACCUCAAUAUAAAACUAAACACUGGUGAACUGUUUUCCUUACUAAUUUUGAAUUACUGUAAAUGUACAAGUUCUGCUAGCAGUUCAACACUUAAAUAGAUUAAAAUCAUCUCUGACACAUGGUAGAUUUCAUAUAAUGAAAAUACCUAAAACAAUUAGUGCAAUAUACUGAAUUGAUCAAAAUAAACAAACUUUGGAAAAUAAGGCUGCAAGAUUAUUACUAACAUAUCGCAAUACUUAUGCUACAAAUUACUGGUACAUUGGUUAUUACGGUUCUGAAGCCCCUUCCUUUGAAAGGGGGCAAGAAGGAAAAAAUUAGCUGUUUUAGUAACUGUACAUUUUGUAUGCUUUUAAGCAACUCUUAAAUAUUACAGAAGAGGAACAUAUGAAGACUACAGUGCAGUACCCUAUUUACAGUACAGCUGAAGAUCGAAUUUAAAAUAAUCAAGUCUGAAUGUACAUAAUUGUUAGUGCAUUGACUAUAUUAUGCCCAAAGGGAACAAAGCCCUGGACCUCCAUGCCCCUAAACAAAACUGAUAAAAUGGCCUGCAGUGAUUAAACAGAAAUCACAGACACCUGGUUUGUUUCACUUUUGUUGAAGAGCUCACCUUUGAAGGGAACACUACCCAUUAAGAUGCAUUUUAUCAGUUUUCAUAUUCCUAAAACAAGAUGAGGUUACAAUUGGCUUUUUUUUUUUACCCCAUUUAAAAAAAUAACAGGACUGGCUACAAUUUAGAUGCCACUACUGUUCAUUCCACCCCCCCACCCCCACCCCAUAUGUGGGACUGUUUUUGUGUGGCUAAUUUGUUUAAAUGUGGAAUGUACAAUUUAAAUACGGAUACUAAGAGAAAUUACUGGCUGCCUAAAUACUAUAGCUAAGCAUAAAUAUCUUUAGAACCUU